AUGGGGAGCACCGGCAAGGUGUUAGGAUUCUUCAACAGGAGACAAAGUCUCUUCCCCAACUACAAAGUUAAAGGUUCUGACGUUAAUCGAAGAUCUUCGGAGAUUGUUUAUCCAUCAGCAAAGGAGAGCUGCGUGAGGACAUGGAACUCUUUGCAAGAGCUGAGCAAAGACAUCUAUGACAUCUAUGCCGAAUACGAAGAUGAAGAAGAUGAUGCCCAGCAUGGCAUCUCCAGACAGAUUUCCCCAUCCAAGAAUUAUACUAUCAACAUCAAUGUAGGUGGGACGCCCUUCCAAAUUGCCUACAAGAUGGCAGCCAGGUACCCCAAGACCAGAAUUGGACGACUGGCCACUUACACCGACCACAAUAUGAAACUGGACCUAUGUGACGACUUUAAUGUGACCAGCAAUGAGUUCUUCUUUGACAGAGACCCUGAUAUCUUUCACAGCAUCUUUAAUUUCUACCGCACUGGCGUAUUGUGGAUCAAGGACGAACUAUGCCCCCGCAACUUUCUGGAGGAGAUCAACUACUGGGGAGUGAGGAUCAAGAACACCCACCGUUGCUGCCGAAUCUCCUUCGAAGAGAGACAGGACGAGCUGAACGAACAGCUGAAGAUCCAGCGAGAGCUGGAAGCUGAGGUGGAGAUCGAGGAGAAUGAAGCACUCUUCCAAGACAUGUUCAUGGGCCAGAGGCGGCGAGCUAUCUGGAACUUAAUGGAAAAGCCAUUUUCUUCAGUCAAGGCCAAGCUAAUGGCAGUGACCUCCAGUCUGUUCGUCCUGAUCUCACUUGUUGCCAUGACAUUGAACACAGUGGAGGAGAUGCAGUACAGAGCUCACAUGGGGCAGCUCAGUGGUAAGACCUACUGGGAGUAUGUAGAAUCACUGUGCAUUGCCUUCUUCACCAUGGAGUAUCUGCUACGUCUGGUAUCCACCCCUGACCUCAAAGCCUUCAGCAGAAGUGUGCUCAACACUGUGGACCUGAUUGCUAUUCUGCCUCAGUACCUCCAGGCCAUCCUGGAAUUCUUUGACAACAAGGAAAACUACAUGAAGCAUGAGGCUGACAUACAAGCUGUGGGGCAGGUUGGAAAACUCGGGCAAGUCCUGCGUAUUAUGAGACUGAUGCGAAUCUUUCGCAUCCUGAAGCUAGCGCGACACUCCACAGGCUUGCGGGCAUUCGGCUUCACUCUGCGACAGUGCUACCAACAAGUCGGCUGCCUAUUCCUCUUCAUCGCCAUGGGGAUCUUCAGCUUUUCAGCUAUGGUGUACACUGUGGAACAUGACAUGCCGCAAACAAACUUCACCAGCAUUCCUCAUGCAUGGUGGUGGGCAUCUGUCAGCAUCUCGACGGUGGGCUAUGGCGAUGUUUACCCAGAGACCAUCCUGGGCCGUCUGUUUGCUUUCAUCUGUAUUGCUUUUGGAAUCAUCCUCAAUGGUUUGCCCAUUUCCAUUCUCUUCAACAAGUUCUCAGACUACUACUCCAAACUGAAGUCCAACCAGUACACAGCCUCCCUGAAGAAUCGAGGGAAAGUGAGGUUCGCCAAGAGGUCAGCACAGAAGCUCAACGACUGCUUUGGAAUAGGCCACCGCCAUGCAGACUAA